AGUAGGAUAAAAGGAUGACUACUGAACUAUUUUUAGAAACCUUAUUUAAGCGUGUUUAUCAUUAUGUUUUAGCAGAUAGCACAAGUCUAGAUCUAGUAGUAGAUCUAGAUUUUGUAUCAGAACAAGAAAUAUAUAUAAAGCAUAGUGGUAUAAAAGCGACAGAGGCUGUUCCAAGUAAAAGUGAUAUAGAUCUAGAUUAGAUUUAGAUAAGUCGAUGUGUUUCUAAUUUUUAGUAGUUGGAUUUAAAUUGUUAAUUUAUUAUUAUUUGAUUAUGAAUAUGGCAGAAAGUAGUAAUAAAUCAAUGGAUCGUUUCCUUCAAAAGAUGCGAAGUGAGUUGAUGUUUGAGCUGAGGAAUAUUCAGCAUGGAGAGCGCCCAGUUACAGGGAGAAACCACAGAGAAAACAUUAAACAAUUUCUUGAAAAGCAUGUUGUCCCAUUACCUGGUGAUGGAAAGAAUAUUCUGGAGAAUGCUGAAAGUUCUGAAAGACAUCGCCCAGAAUCCAUUGUUGUUGAGGUGCAAGGGAUGAUAGAAAAAAGACCUGUCACAUCUAUUCUGCAAUCUGCAAACUUCAGAAGACAUCUAGAGAAUAUUAUUCGUGGAAGCAUAACACCAGCAAGAAGGGAAGUAACUAGUAUCCCUAGAGCUGGCCAAUCUCAGAGUUCUAGCAGAGUUACUCCACCACAACACAAUAAUCACACAGUCACAAACACUAUCACCAGUGAAACUCCUAGAAAUUCACAAUCAUCAUCCAGUGAUGAUCUUCACAACAUACCUCAAAGACGAGUGCUGGUACAGAGACAAGAGAGUGCAGAAUCUGAGGACAGUUUUGUCUCAGCUGUGAAUUCGCUUGAUCAAGAUGUUGAAGGUGAUUUUGAUGAAGAUGAAUCACAAGAUGCUGUGGAUGAGCGUGUGAGACCACAAGAACCCAAUCACAACAGUGGUGCCAACAUUUUACAAAGUUCCAGACCAGACCAGCAAGAUGUUCCUAUUGAAGGUGUCACCUGGAAUACAAUUAACCAGGUUCACAGAGAAGAAAUUGUUCAAGAAAUCAGUGAGCUGCUACACAGUCACCUUGUUUCUUCUGCCCUAGGUGGCGAGUUCAGAGCAACUCUAGAACUGCUGGUCGAGAAUCGUGUGUCCUCAUCAGGCACAAAUGGUACAGCGGUUGAAGAGUUUAUUCACAGACUUCCCCGCAGUGGGGUCCAGCGCAAUGAUUUCAGCCAUCUGGGAAUUGCUCCAGCAGCAGAGAAUGAAAACUGGGACAACGUAUCUGUGACAAGUGUCAGCACACACUCGGUUCCAUAUGCCCAGACAAAUACAUACUUGGGUAAAGAAAUUCAAAGUUUGAAGACCCAAAUUAAUGAGAUGAAAAACAUGCUGAAGUUGACCUUUGAUCUACAAAUGGACAUCCAGAGGUCAAUCAGACAAGAGGUAGCUGCUGCCAUGAACCAAACCACAGCUGUUACACCACCAGCUCCCAGUCGACCUGUGACAGACACUCAUUGCCUGAUCUGUUUGGACCGUCACACAGACACAGUGCUGUACCAGUGUGGUCACAUGUGUGUGUGUUAUGGGUGUGGCCGUGACUUGCUGUCUCGUGGGCACAACUGUCCUGUUUGCAGGGCACCCAUUAAAGAUGUCAUUAGGGCGUACAAAACUAACCCUGAGUAAUGAAUGCCCUCUGAUGCAAAAUUUUGUUGCGUAAUUUUAUUUGAAAGUAGAUCUUAAGAAAGUUUUAAAAAAUCAAACUUUUGUUUUAACACAUUAGUUCUCAAGUUCUAACUAUAAUUGAAAAGUUAAUUAUAUUUUAUUAUCUAGAUAAUUUAAAACUAUCUGCAAACAUUGAAAAAAACAAUUACUUUUUAUAUGUGGAUAUUUAUGUAAUAAUAUGUACAUUUUUGUGUGAAAUGAAUUCAGUGAGGGCUAUAUUUCUCACAAGUCUCAUUUAAAUUCCUUGGGUUUGAUAUUUUUUUUACAACUUAUCACUCACAAAAAAUAACUUAUUUUUCUUCUUCAUACAGAUUGUUAAGUCGUUCAAACAUUCCAUUUCCUGUUAACAUGAAAAAACCUGUAAUUUAUAUUGUUAAGUAAUAUUAAAUUAAAUAUAAUUGUGGCUUUAGUUGACCAUUUAUAUAUGGUAGUUAUAGCUGUAAAGCAACUUAUCAAUGAGUUAUUUUAAAAUAUCAAAUAUAUCAUUUUAAUGCACUAAUUUAAAAAGUGUUUUUUAUGGUUUUUUUUUUUUUAUAAAUUAUUAAAAUAUGUGCCAUUUGUUUUCUUUCGUGAUUAACUUAAUGAGGUCUAAUUAAAAUGUAAAUGCAACUACUUUUGAUUGAUAUACACUUGAUGUAAAAUGCAACAUUUUAAAAAUAAAAAUAAUAUACCUUAUUGAAUAAGCUUUAAAACAUUCACAGCUUCAAAACAGUGCAUGAAAUGGUGACAGGUUAAACAAUCUUUAAAAAAAUUAUCUCCUGACAAACAAAAUCUCCUAAGAUUAAACAAAAUAUGUAUCAUGAAGAAAUUACUUGCAUGAAAUAUUAAUACCAUACACACUGUCACCAAUUCCAAAUAUGCACAAAGCAACAUUUCAUUCAGGGGUCGUCCAUAAAUGACGUCACACUCACAGGGG